AUGAGCACAGCAGAUGGCCUGGCGAGCUGGAAGCAGCGUGAGUGCCAAGCCUUGCCAUCUACUCUACGCACUGGAGUGGAGAUCACGGGUGACAACCUGACCAAAGUGAACAUGUCAGCAUCAACGUACGGUAUCAGCAGAAAUUCAUCGGAGGCACUCACGCUGCUUCCAGCUCGCCAGGCCAUCUGCUGUGCUCAUCGCUCAUUUCUACCGAUACGUCUGGAAACUCCGCAUCGAUCGCGAUCAAUCCACCAGCACAGCUUGGGCUAG